AUGGAAAAUCAUAUUAGACUUUUUAGUGACAUUGCGGGUGAAAUUUAUGAUGAUGAGAACUUUAUGUCAAACACAUCUUCUGAUCAGAUUGAUGUUGAAUCUGUGGUUUUAAAAAUAUAUAAACAAUUUGAAUCUAAGGCAUCAAUUGAUCCUUAUCUGCCCAAGCUUAACAGAAAUUUACAUGGCAAAUUAUUAAAAAGUUGGCUGUUAAAUUUGCCUAAAAGUUACAGAUGCUUGGAAGCAAGUAGACCAUGGCUAGUAUACUGGAUUUUACAUGCUUUAUGGAUAUUAAGUGAUUUACCUGAUGCAAAGGUAUUAUCUAAUGUAAUCCAAUUUCUCUCUCACUGCCAGCAUGAAGAUGGUGGAUAUGGAGGUGGACCUAGCCAGUUUGCUCAUUUGGGUACAACCUAUGCAGCUAUUAAUGCUCUUUGUAUUAUUGGCACAGACGAAGCUUAUGCAUCAAUCAAUAGAAAUUCCUUACUAAAGUUCUUAUGGGCAGUUCGUGAUAUUGAUGGCUCCUUUGCACUCCACAAAGGUGGUGAACGGGACAUAAGGGGAGCUUAUUGUGCUAUUAGUGUAGCAAAACUGACCAACAUAUAUUCAGACACUUUGUUCGAUAAAACUGCAGAGUGGAUUGUAAGUUGUCAGACUUAUGAAGGUGGAUUUGCUGGAUGUCCUGGCAUGGAAGCACAUGGUGGAUAUGCAUUUUGUGGUGUUUCAGCAUUAGCUCUUUUAAAUAGAACACAGUUGUGUGAUGUAGACGCUCUGCUUAGGUGGUGUGUUAAUAGGCAAAUGCGUGUUGAAGGAGGCUUUCAAGGUAGAACUAAUAAAUUAGUUGAUGGCUGCUACUCCUUUUGGCAAGGAGCUAUUUUUCCAAUUAUAAGUGCAAUUUUUUCUCAAGGAAAUAAAGAAUUUGUGGAAACAGUUCUUUUUAACCAAGGUGCCUUACAAGAGUAUAUUAUAAUUUGUUGCCAAUCACCAGACGGGGGGCUUAUUGAUAAGCCUGGCAAACCUAGAGAUAUCUAUCAUACAUGUUACACUCUAAGUGGUUUAUCUGUCGCACAGCAUGGUACCAGUGUGGGAGAUUCUUUUGUUGUGGGCUCUCCUUCUAAUGAACUCAACAGUGUACAUCCAUUGCACAAUAUUGCACCUCAUCUUGUUUAUAAUGCCAUGAGUUAUUUUAAAAAAAACUCAAUUUCUAAGAAAUAA